AUGGGUACACGCUUCAAAACCGAAUCCAAAGACCCCGCUGUCAAUGUCACGACAUGGGUUCUUCUAGUUGUUGUCAUCUUGAGCGUCAGUGCUCGGUUGGGAACGAAGUUUAACUUGUUCCACAAACUGACGAUAGAUGACUUGUUGAUUGUGGCUUCUUUGAUAUUCUGCAUCGUGCAAAGUGUGAUUAUAUCUAUGGCUGUGGACUCUGGGUAUGGAAAGCAUUUUAAAGAUGUCUCUUCACAAGAAUUUGAUCAAACCAUGAAAUAUCUCUACGCCGGAUCGCUUCUGUACCUCAUUAGUCUUACUCUGUCGAAGUUAUCUCUCGCUGUUUUCAUCCGGAGCUUGACGCCAACAUCAAAAGAUAGGAAGUAUGCUCGUCUUGUGGAGGGCAUGGUUUGCACCUGGGCGGUCGUCACGAUAUUUGGCACUGCCUUCCAAUGUUCCUUACCACGAGCGUGGGAUUUCUGGGACGGCAAAUGCCUCAAUGAGAUGGCAUGGCGUUUCUUCGUUACUGGCUCCAAUAUCGUCACCGAUCUCAUAAUAUUUUCUCAGGCUAUGAUUCUCAUUUCUAGCAUUCAGACUUCAUUGAAAAGACGGAUGAUAUUUGCGGGAAUAUUCAUGCCAAGACUCUUAGUCUCUGCGGCUGGAAUUGGCCAGCUUGCGCUAAUCAAGAAAGGUUCCCAGUCAAGUGAUCCCACUUACGGCCUGUGUGAUAUUACGAUUGUGGAAGUCACUUUGCAAUGUUUGAGUAUUGUGACAGCAUGCUGGGGUCAACUCAAGCCAUUCCUCUCAUGGAUGAGAACAAAUGGACUCAAAAUUGAAGGUGUGGAUGAUCCAAACAGCUCGAAUUACAAGUACAAUCGGUCGCAAACAAAUGCCAGGUCGAGCCACAGGGGCCAUGGCACGUUGCAGUUUUCUAUGAGAGAUCAAAUUCUGGUCACACAGGAUUGGGAGGUAGACAGUCAGUCUAGUCGGGCGCAAAUAAUUUCGGAAAAUCAGCCUUGGUCUGCAGGUGGCAAGCGAUCUACCGAUCGACUCAGCGAAUGA